AUGUCGAUCGCGUAUGGUUUCGACCCGAAUAUUUCGCCAAUUUAUGAUGAUGACGAUGACGAGCACCGCCAUUCCACCCAUUUCAGCUCGGCGGACACUCCGAAAAAGACCGGACGCCCGAGCAAUCGAACAAUGGGCACUUCAAUUCAAAUCAGCGGGGAUUUCAGUAAUCUCAGCAGUUUUCGCCCGGAAAACUCGGCGAUUUCGGAAAUUGUUCUGGAUUCCGGCGAUGAAGAGGAGGUUACAGAUUCUCGGGAAGAUGUUGUAGACCAUGAUGAUGAUGAAGAAGUACCUGAAUCCGUUGAAUAUCUGGCUGAAACCGUCAUUGUGCUCUCCGACGGGUGUUGCCUGCCUAUUCGACAUCAUUUGUCGGAAAAAUUAAUUGAAAUGGGUGCAGAAGUUCAAAAAUCAAUCGAUAACCGGACCACCCAUAUCGUCGUAGACCGCUAUGCCGAAGAAAAGCUUGUCGGAGAGGCAAUGUCCAGAAAACCGGAGCCUCCGAUGUUGGUAGACGUGAAAUGGAUUCAGGAAUGUCUGGAUAAUCGACAAAAAUGCAAAGAAAACACAAACGUGACGCCGGCUCUCAAGCUUCCGGGAACCUACUCCAUUAGGCGAUGAGGAGGAAACUUUUUGGGAGGAUAUGGAAAAUGAUGCUCCAACUGACCCUGCAAAGCUUUUGGAGCAAAUUCGGAAGCUCUCGGAGAGGCUUGAUGCUUUAAUGGAUUACGUUCCUGUCAUCAGAUUCGAAUAUCAUUCUCCGGAUUGCCCUAGAUUAAUAUAUAUCCGCAAAGAAAAUCAAUAUUCCCGGCGAUGAGAUUCUCGAGAUUUCGUCCGGUAGAGCGCAUUCUCUGAUUCGAACCGAUUUGGGCGUUUUUGCGAUUGGCGAUAAUAAUUUUGGGCAAUGUGGACGAUCGGUGGUCAGCUGACGAAUAUCAACAAAUAUCAGGAUUAUUAUAUAUCCGCAAAGAAAAUCAAUAUUCCCGGCGACGAAAUUCUCGAGAUUUCGUCCGGUAGAGCGCACUCGCUGAUUCGAACCAAUUUGGGCGUUUUUGCGAUUGGUGAUAAUAAUUUUGGGCAAUGUGGACGGAAUCCUGAGAUUUCGGAAUUUGUUGUGGGCUCUGAAGAGUCUCCACUACUUCUCCUGUCAUUUCCAACCUCGGAGCCAAUAAUCUCAAUCCACUGCUCAAUGGACACAUCAUUUGUCGUAGAUUCCAGUGGCGCCGUAUUCAGUUUCGGCCUAAACGAGGACGGCCAGUGUGGAAAUGAGGCCUACGGGAUACAAUGGGAACCGGCAAAAGUUCGAGGAGACGUGGAAGGCUCGAAAAUCCAAAAAGUGUCAGGAUCCACGGAUACCCUACUUGCCUGUAGUGAAAACGGCGAAAUUUUCAUUUGGGGACAAACGGAGUACGGUCAAGCGGCUGGAGCAACUGAUGAGAUUCAAUUGAAUACGUCACGCCACGUGGCAAACUCGCUGGGACCUAUAAUUUGUGUUGAUAGUACACAGUCAUCUGUUGUGGCACGAAAUUCCCGUGGAAAUGUCUUUGUUUGGGGUGUUGGAGUACUUGGAAUGGGUCCUGAAGCGGAAUCUCUCAAAACGCCCACGCAAAUGGAUCAACCGCUUUUUGAUAGGAAAAUGGUCACAUCCGUCUCUGCCGGCAACAGCUGUAUGUCUGCAAUCAAUGAAGACGGCCGACUACUCAGAUAAAUCGAACCACGCAGGCACCGCUCCAAACCACGCAGGUGACUGCCCACCACGCAGGCAACGCGUCAAGACCACGCAGGCAACCAAAAGCACGCAGGUGA